AUGAUUAAAUAUAAUAGUGAAAAUCAUUUUAAGUUUCAUAAUGUUAAAGUAUUUGAUAAAGAAAGGAUGAUUUUAUAUUUUAAAAGAAUGCCAAUAGAGUAAGAAGAGAAUGAUAAUUUAUAUAAUGGAUUAAAUUAAUUAAUAAUGAAAGAGAGGAUAGAAUAAACAAAAUAAAAGAUAGAAAUUGGAAAAUAAGUUACAAGUAGUGUUAAGAUGGAUUAAGGAGAAUUACCUAAAAAUAGAACAUUAAUAAUAAUGAAUUUUGAUUAUCCUUUUGAUCGUAAAUUUAUAGCAAAAGUAUUUAAAUUAUGUGGAAUAAUUCGAAGAGUUUAUGUUGGAUCAAUGAAAGUAGUUGAUAAUAAUAAAAAAAGAUUAUUACAUGUUGGUUUGGUUGUUUUUAAGAAUGAAUAUGAUUUAACAAAAUGUUUUGAUAUUGAAUAUUUUCAAUAAAAAAUAAAUAAUAAAUUUAAAAGUGUUCCUAUUACAACUAAUUAUGAAAAGAAAUUAUUACAAAAUUAUGAAUUUGUAGAUGAGAAAAAGAAUUAAAUAAUAGAAGAGGCAUAAAAAGAAGGAUAUUAGAUUGCAAUGAAUAAAUAUGGUGAUUUCGAAACUAAUAUAGAGAAACCUAAAUUUGAGAAGAGAAAUUGGGUAGGAAGAAACAAAAAUAAAACAAAAAAGAAUAUAAAUACAGAAGAAAUAGAAUAAGUAAUUUAGGGAUUAGAUGAUAAUUUACCUCAUUAAAAGAAAAAAGAUAUAUUAAAAUUUUAAAAACAAUAACUUCAAUAAUAAUUUCAAUAAGAUAUUGAAAAUCUAAGAUAAAAAUAAAAGAAAGUAAAGGAAUGA